UCCCUUCAGCUCUUUAAAGGAACAUUUUGUUAUAGGAAGGCUAUCGAAGGACUUUGUAACUAGAUCUCCAGAACAAAAGCUGAAGGAACUCUGAGCUAUUAUCUGAAAGAUGGCAGAAGGAGGCUCUGUUAGCACAGAAGCUCUACAGGAGUCAUUUAAGAAGUUUGCAGCAUAUGGUGACACCAAAGCAACUGGUAAUGAAAUGACUGGGAAAAAUUGGGCCAAGCUGUGCAAAGACUGCAAAAUUAUCGAUGGCAAAGCAAUUACCUCAACUGAUGUGGACAUUGUCUUUACGAAAGUGAAAGCUAAGACAGCUCGAGUAAUCACAUUUGAAGAGUUUAAAAAUGCACUGGCAGAGCUCGCUCCAAAAAGAUUCAAAGGCAGAAGUAAAGAGGAAGCAAUUGAGGCAGCCUACAAACUGAUUGCUGGAAAAGAUCCAACAAAUGUUGGAGUGACGAAAGUAACAAAGGCUGGUGCCGUUGACAGAUUAACAGAUACGUCUAAAUAUACAGGCUCCCAUAAAGAACGUUUUGAUCAAGAUGGCAAAGGCAAAGGGAAAGUUGGUCGAGAAGAUAUGAUAGAAAAAACAGGCUACGUGGCAGCUUACAAAGGAGCUGGGACCUACAAUGAGAAAGCAAAAGAGAAAUAAUGUCAAAAAGACAUUUCUUGGUUUAUUUUGGAGAAAAGGAUCGAACAUAGGUUCAGUAUUAGGGUGCAGGUACUUGAAGGUGAAAAGUACCACCACAAACAACACUGUCAAUACCUCCCAUUCAGCCAGUGGUCUAUGGGAAAAUCAUUGUCUCAAAACAAAGUAGAAGUACUUUCAUCCUUGGAGUAUAAUUCAAGAUUAAAAUAAUCUUAAAACAUUCCUGGUCACUAAUAAUGCAUUGUGUUUUUUGGCUUCAAUUGAAAAGCGUUUAUCAAGUUCUUUUGGUGAAGCUCCCAAAAGAAAUGUAAAUUACAAUUGGGUCAUGAUUCUAGCAAGCAGUAAGUAGGCAGUCUGUGUGUAUAUGCAUCUCUAUGGAAACCAAAGAUCCAUGCAAACAAUCAGGCAGCUGCUUUGAAUAAAAGAGUCUAUACCAAGCAUAGUUUCAAUGUAAUUGCUGUUUGUAGGGAGUACAUUGCUAUGCCUUCAGAUACAAUAUUAAAGGAAUUUAGUUGACUUAGAGUUCAAGAUGAUACAAUCAAACUCAACAACUGCAUAUUUUUACUUCCACAUGCUUUCUGAUUUAGGAUGCAUUUGUUCAAUAAAUAUUUGGAGCAGUGCCUGUUUUCAUUAAUAUUGGGAACAGCAUUUGAAACUACUAAUGAACAAUACCUGAACAAGCAAUUUUGUCAGUGGGAACAUGAAACACACUCAAUUAUUAAAUA